AUGGCACCUUCUGGGUCAAAAGAACUUAUGAGGUUGAGGAAUGGAGCAAAGUUUCCAAUGGCAGCUAUUAGUGAGGAUUUGAUAAAGACCACAAUGACAGUGCAUGCAGAGAAACCAGUACAAUUCAAGGUCAAAGUGGUGGUGAUAAUGAGAAAUAAAAUCAAAGAGGAUUUCAAAGAGACUAUCUUGAAGCAUUUGGAUGUCAUCAAUGAUAGGAUAGGAACAAGAAAUAUUGUGCUGGAGCUUUUCAGCACCAAGAUUGAUUCAAACGAUUUGUUUCAUAAUUGUUGCACGAUAGCCCUCAGGCCAUUGAGGAUAAGACUUGGAGGUUCUUUGCAAGACCAGGUUCUGUAUGAUGUGGGAAGUUUGAAGUCUCCUUGCCAUCCCCUUCAAAAGGUUAAAGGUGGAUUGUUUGGAUUUUCAAAGGGAUGUUUACACAUGAAAAGGUGGGAUGAGCUGAAUCAGUUUUUCUACGAGACAGGGACAAAUGAAGUGGCUCUCUGCAUACAUAUAUUUUCAAUUUUCGGAAAUCUUUCAAAAACCAUUAAAAUAUAUGGUCCUUGGUCUUCUGCAUGGGUAGGAGAAGCUGGAGAGGCGUACAACAGUGGUGGCAAUCAUGUUUCUAAUAGAUUUUUAAACAGCUUUUGGCAGACUUUAAUUGGAGGGAACUAUGGCCUUCUCAAUACCACCACCUUUGCUCCCAAUCAUGACUACUACAGUGCAGUUUUGUGGCAUCGGUUAAUGGGAAAGAAGGUUCUUGCGGUCUCAAGUGAUGUUCAUAUUAAAGACUUUUACCUAUAAUUAGGAAAUGUAAGUAGAAGUUAAUGACUUUUACCUACAGUUGAAGAUGAUAGGUACAUAUUAAAGACUUUUACCUACAGUUAGGAAAUGUAAGUAGAAGUUAAUGACUUUUACCUACACAUUAUACAUAGUAGGUAAAACCUAUAGUGACAGACAAUUAGCCGUCAUUAUACACCCCCUCAAAGUUGACAGAAGAAACGUCCGUAGGACAAAGUCUAUCAUACAUUUACCUACGGAUUUUUUAUUUACAGUGACA